AUGGCGUGUGGACCAGGAGCUCUUCAGGACCUCGCAUCUCCAUUUUCUUCUGCCAGACUUGAAAACUCACUCUAUGUCAAAGGCCCCUGCUUGAGGGGCUGUGGCCAGACCAACAUCUCCUGUAAGGUGGUGAAGGGGCAGCUGGUGGAGGUUGGCAAGUGGCCCUGGCAGGUGAGCAUCCUAUUCCUAGGUGUAUACAUCUGCAGCGGCUCCCUCGUGCACCACCAGUGGGUCCUCACGGCCGCACACUGCUUACAGAGAUCCACGAACCCCGAGGAUUACGUCGUGAAGGUGGGUGUUCAGCACCUCCCAGAAAAUGGCACUCAGCUCCUGCUCACUCGCAUCGUGAUUCACGACGAUUUCAACAACCUCAUGUCCGAUGACAUUGCCCUCCUGAAGCUCAAGAACCCCGUGCCCUGGUCCCCCCUCGUCCAGCCUGUCUGCCUACCCACUACCGAAGUCAAGCUGUCUAUUGGAACCCUGUGCUGGGUGGUCGGAUGGGGACAUACCAAUACUCAAGGGACCUCAAAGACCCCCUACAGUCUCCAGGAAGUGGCUGUGAAGAUCGUCAACAAUGGGAUCUGCAACCAACAGUACCAGUUCCUGUACUUGAAGGGCCAGAAGAAGUUCAUCGGGAAUGACAUCCUGUGUGCCAGAGCAGAAUGGGGCGUAGACACUUGUCAGGAUAACUCCGGCAGCUCCAUGGUCUGCCAAGUGAACAAGACCUGGAUACAGAUGGGGGUGGUGAGCUGGAGUUUGAGCUGCAAACAGCAUCGCUUCCCAGGCAUCUACACCAGCACCUCCCACUUCACCCACUGGAUCAGGAAGCAGAUCGCCGAUGUGAAGUUUAUCAGCAGGGCCCACCUCACCUUCCUGAACCCGGUGUUACUCACUGGCUACAUUCUGUUGGUCUCCUUGGGCUCCCUGUGGCUCCUAUGA